AAAUUCAAGCCACACAAAUAAUUAUGAAAAACUCCAAAGCUUCUCAAACCACACACCACAAAACGGAUUAACACCUUAAACGCCAUGAAAUCCCCACAUCGUUUCUUCUUCCUCCAGGAUCUCCCAUGGCUUCAACCACUUCUCCUCAACCACCAUACUCCCAUCUCCUCUUUCCCAGAACCUUAAACCACCGCAGCCAUCUAAGAGAGAGUACAGAAGUACUGCUUCAGCGUUCAAACAGGAGGAGCUCGCGAGUUACGGCGUCGACUCAGCAAGAACCUACAAGACGCCAAAGAGCACAACCAGGAGUCGACACGAGAAUCCACUGGGAAAAUCCAGAUGAAGGCUGGAUCGGAGGACCAGCCGGUACGACGCAGAAAAGGUUGAACUCAGAAGAGGAGGAGAAGAAUCUUUUAGGUCAAAAUUUUUCUGAUUUGCUCAACGAAUCUUCCGAUUCUCAUUACCAAUUCUUAGGAAUAUCGGCAGAAGCGGACGUUGAAGAGAUAAAAACGGCGUACCGGAGGCUAUCGAAGGAGUACCAUCCAGACACUACUUCUCUCCCGCUAAAAACGGCAUCGGAUAAGUUCAUGAAGCUGAGAGAAGUAUAUGACGUAUUGAGCGACGAAGAGAAGCGGCGGUUUUAUGACUGGACGCUGGCUCAGGAGGCGGCCAGCGGGCAAGCGAAGAAGAUGAGGAUGAAGCUGGAGGAUCCGUACCAGCAAGACCUGCGAAAUCACAGAUCUACCCCGGACAUGGUGGAUCGUCUCGGUGGAAGAAACAUGGAGCUGAGUGAUCAAGCCAUGACUGCUCUCACUUUUGACGUCUUUAUUGUCGUUUUUGCCAUUUGCUGCAUCAUUUAUGUCGUCUUCUUCAAAGAACCUUAUUACUGAUCAUAUAAUAUUUAGGUAUAUAAUUAUAUUAAUGAUAGUGUAUAACAUCUGUGUGUCUGUUCAUGUACAUGUAAAUUGUAAAGAAGGUUUCUGAUUAUUAUAUUCACUAAAAUGGAUUAUUC